ACAACCGGACAGUUAAAAUGGCUAAAUAUAUACUCUUGUGCGUAGUUCUGUGUGUCGGUCAUAGCUUUGCUAAAGUUGCACCCGACUACAUAAAGCCAUGUCCAAAGUCCGACUCGGAAUGUCUCAAGAAAACAAUACAAGAAGUGUUACCACUCUUCACCCAGGGUAUACCGAGCAUCGGAGUUAACUCCCUGGAUCCAAUGGAACAGAAAUCAGUGAACAUUGAACUACCAGGAGGACUGAAGAUCGUUUUCAAAGACGGAGUAGUAAAAGGAUUUAAAACUUGCAAAGUCGACUCAGCAAAGUACAACGAUUUGAAUGUGGAUAUAAAUAUGCACUGUGACUUGACAAUAAAGGGAAAGUACACGGCCCAAGGCAACAUUCUGAUUGUGUCGAUCAACGGAGACGGAGACGCCAAAAUAAAACUGCCAAACCUCGGGUUAAAAAUAAAAUACGUCUUGGAGGAUAAAACUCAAAAUGGCGUCGUGUACAGAACUCUGAAGGAUCAUAAAGUGACGACAAGCUACGACGGCAGGGUUUCGUUCACCUUCACCAAUUUGUUUAAGGGGAACCCAGAAUUGAGUCAAGCAGUGUUGACGUUUUUGAACGAAAACUGGAAGCAGCUUGUGGAAGAGUUCGGGAAACCGAUCGAAGAUGUAAUCAUUAAAGGCACUAUUAGAAACAUCAAAAAAUUCUUCGAAUCCGUACCGAGGGAUGAACUUUUUGUUGCAUAA